CCGCCACCGGCACUUGGGGCCGCGACCCGAGACGCGGCGACAAGAGUCCCGCCGAGCCGCCGGAGAGGCCAGCUGGGUGGCGCUGCCCCGCGCGGCGAGCCAGGGAGGCUGCAAGGAAGAGGAGGCGGCGGGGCCAGCAGCCUGCAGCGCGGCGUGGGCGCCUCCGGGAGCCACGCGAGCUCCGAGCCUCCCCUCCUCGCGUCCCCCUCUCCCCUUGGCCUCCCGGCCGCACGCGCUCGCGCCCUCGGUGACCCCUGUUGCUAGGGCCGCGGCGGCCCCAGGAGCAGCAUGAAUCUGCGGUGGUACUUGCAGGCUCUGCUGCUGCUCUGGCUCUCUCUGACCGCCGUGUGUGGAGGACCUCUGAUGCAGCCUUCUGGCAAGAAAGGGUUGCAGGAAGGCAACGUCCGCGCAGCACAGUCCCGAGGGUUGAGGAACGGACCAGGGCCCUGGCAGGGAGCUCGGAGGAAGUUCCGCCGCCAGCGGCCACGCCUCUCCCACAAGGGCCCCAUGCCUUUCUGAAGCAGGACUGAAGAGGCCCCCAAGUGCCUGCCCCCACUUGAUUCUCUCAACUCCAUAGAUUUGUCUGCUUCUCUGGAGCCUUCGUCCAGACGCCGCUCAUUUUGUACCUGUCCUAGCUGCUGAUGGCCCCAGCUCUUCUCACCCACCAGCCUCCCAGAAUGACGUGGCCUGGCCCAUAGUCCAGAUGAUUCCUUUUCUCACACAAGGAUUUCUGGAGACCUUCUUACUGUCUGCGACUGACUUUCAAGACCCCAUACUGGAAGGAAGGCUAUCUUUCUUCUCCCAACCCUCUCCCUGUUCUUUUCUCCGCUGUGUGUAUGGGGAAGGUCUGGGAGGAAUGGAGUCUCCUAUCUUUGGAGGGCUCUUCUAGAUCCAGCCUUCCCUGACAGUGUGACCUUGUGCCUGGCCUCAGAGGGAACUGCUGCAAUGAGCAGUGGGAGACU